UCCGCUCGGCUCGGCUCCGCUCCGCUCGGCACCGUCGGGGGCUCCCGUGGCCGCUGUGGGGAUGCGGGCGCUGGCGGCGCUGCUGGCGGCCGUGCUGGCGGUGGGGGCAGCCCUGCCCCGCCCGGGGCUGCUCCCGCACGGCCCGGCCCGCGGCGAUGCCCGGCUCCGGCCCGGGGACGACGAGAGCUCUCCCGGGCUGCUGCUCCGCCGCGCCCUGCGCCUCUACGGCCGCGCCGCCCGCCGCCUCUUCGUGGGGACCAACGGGGUCAUCUCCACCCAGGAUUUCCCCAGGGAGACCCAGUACGUGGAUGACGAUUUCCCCACAGACUUCCCCGUCAUCGCCCCCUUCCUGGCCGACCUGGACACCUCCGGGGACAGAGGGAACAUCUACUACCGGCAGGAUGACUCCAGGGACGUGCUGGAGCAGGCUGUGCGAUACAUCCAGGCCGGCUUUCCCCGCUCUGCUGGCGCCUUCGUGCCCACCAAUGCCUUCAUUGCCACCUGGGAGGAGGUGGGAGCCUACCAGGAGCUCUCCCAGGACACCGAGCCCUCCACGAAGCUCAACACCUUCCAGGCAGUCAUAGCCUACAACGAUGAGGACACCUACACCAUCUUCCUCUACCCCGACGGUGGUCUCCAGUUCCUGGGGACGCGACCCAAGGAGUCCUACAACGUCCAGCUGGAGCUGCCAGCCAGGGUGGGCUUCAGCUGGGGGGACAGCGAUGACCCCAAGAGGGACGGGCUCUUCCACAGCCUGGCCAGCAGUGAGCAGGCUCUGAGGAACCUGGAGAGGGAGAGCAACACGGGAAUCCCUGGCGUCUGGGUUUUCCACGUGGGCAGCACGGAGCACGUGGAGCCAGGGGGUGGCGAGGGAGCUGCUCCUGCUGUGCCUCAGAGCCCCCCUGAGCACCCCAACCCUGGCACCGCUGGCUACCCCCACCCUCUCUCCAGCCACACAGCCAUGGCCCAGCGUCCCAGCCACGGGUCCCACGGCCCGGUGCUCCUGGGCUUUGUCCCCGGGAGGAGGGACACGCAGGAGCGGAGCCGCUGGCUGCAGCCCAGAGGGGACGGUGGCACCGGGCAGAGCUUCUCUGCCAACCCCUCCUCCUACAGCUCGGGCCAGCACGGCGUGGGCGUGGAGGAGGACGUGCAUUUCAACCCCGACGUGUUCACCUACAGCGCCGCCAGCAAGGAGACGUGUGCCCAGCACCACGGGCGCUGCUCCCCUCAUGCCUUCUGCACCGACUACGCCGCCGGCUUCUGCUGCCACUGCCGGGCCACCUUCUACGGGAACGGGCGGCAGUGCCUGCCCGAAGGCGCCGUGCAUCGCCUCAACGGGAAGGUGAGCGGGAGCCUGAGGGUGGGACGGGCGUCCGUCCGCUUCCAGGACGUGGACCUGCACGCCUACAUCGUGGGCAGCGACGGCAGAGCCUACACGGCCAUCAGCGGCGUGCCCCAGCCCGCUGCCCGCGCCCUGCUGCCCCUGCUGCCCAUCGGGGGGCUCUUCGCGUGGCUCUUCGCCCUGGAGGAGCCUGGCUCGGAGAACGGCUUCAGCAUCACCGGCGCUGAAUUCACCCAGAGCCUGGAGGUGACGUUUUACCCCGGUGGGGAGACGGUCCAGGUCACUCAGACAGCCGAGGGCCUGGGGCCGGACAAUUAUUUAAGCCUCAGGACACACAUCCAGGGUGAGGUGCCAUUCCUGCCAGAGAACGUCACCGUGCACAUCACUCCCUACAAGGAACUCUACUCCUACUCCAGCUCAGCCGUGACAUCCUCAGGCCAGCGGGAAUACGUGGUGGCCGCGGGCACCGCCAACCAGACCUUGUCCUACCGCCUGCGCCAGAACGUCACCUUCUCGGGGUGCCCGCACUCGCGGCUGCCGGCGCGGCAGCAGCUCUCGGUGGCGCGCGCCUUCGCCCUCUUCGACAGCCACGAGCACGUCCUGCGCUACGCCCUGGCCGCCCGCAUCGGCCCGGCACGAGACGACGCCGAGAAUCCCGGGGUGAGCCCGUGCCACGAUGGCUCCCACACGUGCGAGGCGCCGGCGCGCUGCCAGCCCGGCGUGGGCACAGAGUACACGUGCGAGUGUGCAGCCGGGUACCGCGGAGAUGGACGGGGCUGCCGAGAUGUGGACGAGUGUGCCGAGGGCCUGAGCCAGUGCGGGCCCUUCUCCGUGUGCCUGAACGUGCCGGGCAGUUACCGCUGCGAGUGCCGCGACGGGUACCAGCCGGCGGGGGACGGGCAGGCGUGUGUGCCGCUGGCACCGCCGAGUGACCCCUGCGAGGAUGGGCGGCACCCCUGUGCUCCGGCGGACCGGGCGCGGUGCCUGUCCCGCGGUGACGGCCGCGCCACCUGCGAGUGCCUCCCCGGCUACACCGGCGACGGCAUCCACUGCUCCGACGUGGAUGAGUGUGCCGAAAGCCCGUGUCACCCGGCCGCCAUCUGCUACAACACCCCGGGCUCCUUCUCCUGCCGCUGCCGGCCCGGCUACGCGGGCGACGGCUUCCAGUGCACGUACGCGGUGGAAGGGAACCCGCAGCGCCUCACGCCCUGCCAGCACGAGCGGAUGUACCCGCGGGAGGUGCCACCCCUGGGUGACGGCCACGUGCCCCAGUGCGACGAGCAGGGCCGGUACCGGCCCCUGCAGUGCCACGGCAGCUCCGGGCACUGCUGGUGCGUGGACGCCGCCGGGCAGGAGAUCGCCGGCACCCGGACGGCACCGGGCACCACCCCGCCACGCUGCGGGAGCCCAGAGUCCAUCCAGCAGCUGACGCCCUGCGAGCACGCGCGGAUGUACCCUCGGGAGGUGCCACCAGGGCCGUCACCCGUGGGCGAUGGCCACGUGCCCCAGUGCGACGAGCAGGGCCGGUACCGGCCCCUGCAGUGCCACGGCAGCUCCGGGCACUGCUGGUGCGUGGACGCCGCCGGGCAGGAGAUCGCCGGCACCCGGACGGCACCGGGCACCACCCCGCCACGCUGCGGGAGCCCAGAGCCCACGGAGAGGCCCCCCAGCAUGUGCGAGCGCUGGCGGCAGAGUUUGCUGGAGCACUACGGGGGCAGCCCCCGCGGGGACCAGUACGUGCCACAGUGUGACCCCAGCGGGGACUUCACCCCGCUGCAGUGCCACGGGGACAGCGGCUACUGCUGGUGCGUGGAGCAGAGCGGCAGGGAGAUCCCGGGGACGCGCUCCGAGCCCGGCACCACCCCGCCCUGUCUGCCCAGUGUCGCCCCGCCCAGCGUCCGACCUGAGCCCCGGCCCGACGUGUCCCCACCGGGCGCGGGGACAUUCCUGCUGUACGCCCAGGGCCAGCAGAUCGGCUACCUGCCGCUGAACGGCACCCGGCUGCAGAAGGAGGCGGCCAAGACCCUGCUCUCCCUGCAUGGCUCCAUCGUGGUGGGGAUUGACUACGACUGCCGGGAGAGGAUGAUCUACUGGACUGACGUGGCCGGCCGGACCAUCAGCCGGGCGGGCCUGGAGCCAGGCUCCGAGCCAGAGACCAUCAUCAGCUCAGCAGGCCUGAUCAGCCCCGAGGGCCUGGCCGUGGACCACCUGCGCCGGGCCAUGUUCUGGACGGACAGCGGCCUGGACAGGAUCGAGCGGGCCCGGCUGGACGGCUCCGAGCGCCGCGUGCUCUUUGACACCGAGCUCGUCAACCCCCGCGCCAUCGCCGUGGACCCCGUCCGAGGCAACCUUUACUGGACGGACUGGAAUCGCGAAGCUCCCAAAAUCGAAACUUCCACUGUCAAUGGAGCCAACAGGAGGGUUCUGGUGCACACAGACAUUGGUUUGCCCAAUGGCCUGACUUUUGACCCCUUCUCCAAGCUGCUGUGCUGGGCAGACGCAGGCACCAAGCACCUGGAAUGCACAUUCCCGGACGGCACCGGCCGGCGCGUCAUCCAGAGCAACCUCAACUACCCCUUCAGCAUCAUCAGCUACGCCAACCACUUCUACCACACGGACUGGAGACGGGAUGGGGUGAUAGCUGUAAAUAAAGAAACAGGCUCCUUCACCGAUGAGUAUCUUCCAGAGCAGCGAUCCCACCUCUACGGAAUCACAGCAGUUUAUCCCUACUGCCCUGGAGCCAGGAAAUAGUAACUCCAUUUUCAAGGGAACAAGGAUCUUUGCACCCAGAGGAAUUUCAGACCCAGAGAACUGUCACUGCAUACAAGGGGGAAGAAGUCCCUCACCAAGGCCAAUGAAGUGCCCUGCUUUCCUGCAAAAGAUUUUCAAGUCUUUUUUAUAGUUAUACCUCAAGACUUUACUACUGUAUUUUUUUACCAAGUGGAAAAUGUUGAGAUAUCACCAAAAAAAAAAAAGAUCCUGGGAAGCUCAAGCCAUGACUCGAACUCUCGCUCAUACAAGAUUUAAAAUGUAGCUUUUUUUUUCUACUCCAAUAUUUUAUUUUAUUGGAAGAAGAAUGGAUUAAUUUUUCAUAGUUUUGACAAUCUGACCAAGAGGUCCUUUUAUCCAAAAAUAAGAAAUCAAGUGCCUGUGGGAAGCUGUGGCUGCAGUAAAUUGCUGGGUCUAAUUAACAAACUGCCCUGAAGACAGAGACUGCGUGUGCUCCAAAAUCCUGCAGAACAGGGAUGGGAUGUGGCAAAGGCACUGAAGAUUUUCCAGAGGAUGAUUCUGUGUUUUCACCACUGCCUCCAUGCAUGUCUUUUAGUAUUUAUAUUAGAAGAAUAUGCUAGAAUUGAUCUGUUCAUGCUUGUUGGGUCUUCCAAGUGCCUUCCUAGACCUACCCAGUGUAGACCAAUACAUGUUCAGAAAUACCAGUUACGUUGUAAUGCUUCACUUUUUCUAGGUUACUUCAAUAAUUGAAUAAAAAAGGUUGGUUUAAA